AUGUGGCAGGCACCAUAUCCAUAUCCUUACCCAAGCUACGCACCUAUCACUGCCAAUGGGCGAACAUACUAUCCCUCAUAUGAUGCUUACCAGGGUUUCCGAGAUGACGGUGCUGCAGAGAACAGGCAAACUCAUCAGAUUCACCUCUGGCCACGGCCUCUCGAAUCGCCUGCGCCUGAAGACAAUCCUCCAGGCAGCGAAAACCCAAAGCCUGCUGCUGCGCCAGACCCUUCAACCAUGCAUCCAACAUCACAAAGCCAGCCUCAGCCUGUAAACAUGUAUUUGAUGCCAGUCCAACAACAAGACAACGAGCAUCCGCAGCUGCAAGCUCAACAUAGCAUGGCAGCAGCUCAGCAAAAUGCACAAUUCCCUCCGCCGUUUGUUCCUCCCAUGCCGUUCUUGCCUCCGCAAAUGCCACCAACAUUUCCGCUCCCUUCCCUUCAACAGCCAGUGUUUGUUGGCAUGCCGCCAGCGACAUUUCCUCCACCCCAGGCCGGGCAUGGAAACGGAGUGCCCGGAGCCUUGAACGGUCCUGGAAUACCUCUGAUGCCCGUGCAAGGGCCAGAGUUACGUCAGUCCUACACACCAGCUGCUCCCCAAUCCAGGACAACUGAAUUGCGGUAUAAAUGUGAGGUUUGCGGAAGGUUUAGAUCUACCAGAUAUCACUACGAGAAUCCUAUUCCUCCAGGACAACUUCCGGCCAAAACUAUUUGUCGAAAGUGUCGAGAAACCGCAACUGACACGGAAGAUAGUUCCAGGUCCAGCCUAUCACCUAAUCAGCCUCCUCGGUCGCAUGGACGUCGAACACCAAGAUCAAGAUCCCGCCAAGUACCAAGACUACGACAUCAUUCACGUGGAAGGGCUCAAUCUGUGGGACGCCUUCACGCUACGGGUCAUCGGCGUGAUCAGUCUAUCAAUCCUUCUUCUGAGUCUUAUUUAUCUUCUUCCUCGGAAGAGUGCUACAGGAGUAGACGUCGUCCACGCUCGAGGUCAAGGCACGCGGAAACUUCACGACAUACCCGACGAAUGCGGCCGUCCCCAGUAGGACAGCUCAUCCUGCGUGAUCUCGACGAGGAUGAUGAUCGCCCCAGAAGGAGGCGGCAAGAAGUGGAGACGUACAGUGGUGUCGACCGCCACCGGCAGGAUACACGCACGAGAACGUCUAUUAGAGAAAGGGAUCGUCUUGAAAAUCCUUACAGAGGCGACGAUGGACGUUACAAUGACUUCUUGACCGAGGAACAUCGUCAUGUCCAUCGUUCACGAUAUCGGGACAAUGCACGGCUUUACUCUCCUCAACACGGAAGGUCUCAACCGCAAGGACCGCACCAGUCUGGCCUUGAUGGAGAGAUUGACGACCCUGAUAGAGAAUCAGAGGACAGUCUCAGGCUGGACGAGACACAUCAAUCUCAGCGUCGCCCGGAACGACGAGAUGGUGGAGGGUCGCCAACAGCUGCUUCUUCACUUAGCUCCUUAGAACUACCUGGUACAGGUGGACCCCGCCAGCGAGUUUCGUCCGUGAGAGGAGGACGCCGCAAAUUCAGGUCGAGACGUCUCGGUAACGAUGAAGGAUCGGCGAGACCAAGAGACGAGCUCACACUCAUUGAGAGACGACUUUCUCCUCACGUACGCGACGACUAUGAGUGGUAUGAUAGCGAAGGCAUGAGGGUGCGUGUACGCGAAUUCUAA